AUGGUAGCAAAAGAUUUGUUGAAGGAGAAGAGACCAUAUAUAUUUUUGACUGCAUGUGCAGUUAACACCAUGAAUCUUAUGCUUCAAGGAAUUGGGAACCAACCAAAAUUCAAAGGGGUGAUUGAGAAGACAAAGAACUUGACAAUCUUUAUUGAUGCAUAUCACAAGACAUUGUCAAUGAUGAGAAAGUUUACCAAAAAAAAGGGCAUAGUGAGGCCGGGAGUAACACGAUUGACAACCACUUUUUUAACUUUGCAAAAUUUGAUGGAGAAGAAAAUUGAACUAAGAUAUAUGGUUGCUAGUGAAGAAUGGAAUGCAUGUAAAUAUUUAAAAAGUGUAAAGGGGAAGGUAUUUGCCCCUUUAGUUAAGUUGCUUCGUCUUGUUGAUGGGAAUAAGAAGUCAUCUAUGGGUUUUGUAUAUGGAGAAUUACUUAGAAGCAUAGGAAGUGAAGAAGUGGCCACAAAUGGCUUAUUCACUUGUGUCGAAUCAUUCUUUACCAAUAAUAUUGAUAGCCAAAGUGAGGUAGUAAAUGUGGAGUUAUUGAAGUAUAUCAAUAAAGCGGGGGGAUUUGGAAGACCAUUGGCUAUAAUUGGAUACACAAAACAUGAUGAGAAAUAUGAUCCGGUUGGAUGGUGGCAUCUUUUUGGACAUGGUGCACCUAAAUUACAAAAGAUGGCUAAAAGAAUUCUUUCUUUAACUACAAGCUCUUCAGGUUAUGAGAAAAAUUGGAGUAUUUUUGAGGGGAUCAUAAACAAAAAGAAAAGACAAGAAGAAAAAGGAGUAGAUGUGCUACUUGCUAGUAAAGCAACUAUGGUACAAGGAUGGAUUGUUGAUAGUGGUGAUGAAGAUGUUGAGACAAAUAUUGUAAAUGUCAAAGAACUUUACAAAGAAGAAUUUGUAUCAUAUGAAGAAGAGGAAGAUGCCAUGGAUUUUGAAUUUGAAUCUGAUAUAGAGAAAGUAUUGGAGAAAUAUGGAGAUGAACUAGAAUAA